GUGACAAUCUACUGCUCACUCUGGUUCGAACGAUAAAGGUUGGUCUUCACACAAUACCCGUAGUUAGCGAAUGUCUUCUGCCUGCAAGCAUGUUAGCUGUGAAUGUAACCGCCGACAUGGUUUAGCAACAUUACUGUUUAAUAAUUAAGCGACUAAAAUAGUUUUGUGUAGUUUCAGUCCUUGGGAUAGGAUAGUAUAAAUGCCUCGUUAUGCUCAACUCGUGAUGGGCCCCGCGGGAAGUGGAAAGGUAUUUCAGUCCGCUGUGGUUUAUAUCUCCCCUCCUCUCUGUAGAGUACCUACUGCUCUACACUGAUCCAGCAUGCAGAAGCCAUAAACCGCUCUGUACAAGUGGUCAACCUAGACCCAGCCGCUGAACACUUUGAUUACCCGGUCAUGGCAGAUAUCCGGGAGCUGAUUAUGGUGGAUGACGUGAUGGAGGAUGAGUCACUGAGGUUCGGCCCAAAUGGAGGGCUGGUGUUCUGCAUGGAGUACUUUGCCAACAACUUUGACUGGCUGGAGGAGAGCCUGGGCCACGUGGAGGAUGACUACAUACUGUUUGACUGUCCUGGUCAAAUAGAGCUCUACACACACCUCCCUGUGAUGAGGCAACUCGUAGAGCAGCUCCAGCAAUGGGAGUUCCGUGUGUGUGGUGUCUUCCUGGUAGACUCGCAGUUCAUGGUGGAGACCUUCAAGUUCAUAUCUGGUAUCAUGGCUGCUUUGAGUGCCAUGGUGUCUUUGGAGAUUCCAACAGUCAACAUAAUGACUAAAAUGGACCUGCUGAGUCCCAAGGCCAAAAAGGAAAUUGAAAAAUACCUGGACCCAGACAUGUACUCAAUGAUGGAGGACAACUCUGUCACCAUUAGGAGCAAGAAGUUCAAGAAGCUGACCAAAGCCAUCUGUGGCUUGAUUGAUGACUACAGCAUGGUGAGAUUCCUGCCAUUUGACCGCACAGAUGAGGAAGGCAUCAACAUAGUGCUUCAGCACAUUGACUUUUCCAUACAAUACGGAGAAGACUUGGAGUUCAAGGAGCCAAAGGAACCUGAGGAGGAGCCUGACAACACAAAUUAUGAUGAUUUAUUUCAGGACAAAGUAGAGGACUGAGAGGUGACAUAAGAGGCCCAGAAAGAAAAGAAGAACAUUUGAUGGUCAGAGGGAAAUGUUAAUUGCAGUAUCAUGCCACCUAAUUAUUUAUUUAUAGACUUCAUAUGUCUGUUUUAAAAAUGUUAGUUAUCAUUUUAAGAUUGUGUUUAGUGUAUUGUGACCAUGAUAUUGUACCCCCCCCCCCCCCCCCAGUUGA